AUGCAUUCACUGUUUGCUUACAUUUUGUGACAAAUUAUUGUCAUUUAAUAGCAAUUGAAAUACAAUUCAAUUGACAUCUCAUCGCAACGAUUAGUCUCCGAUUUGCGGACCAUUUGAAUGUAAACUGAAGACAAAUACGAGUGCUUUGUAUCCCAAUGGAGGCGAUGGACACGUCCUCGACGGCCAGCGACGAGUUGGUGAUCGCGAAGAGGGCUUUGGAUUCAAGUCUUGGCGACAACUUUAAGAAAUAUCUGCGGGCAAUGAGACAAUGGUUUACACAACAGUCCACUAAAGAGGAGUUCGACACAGAAGUGCAUCACUUCCUGACCCCCGACUCAGUCAAAGCCCACAAUCGCUUCCUAUUGGCUCUUCUGAACAAAUGCUCGCAUUUGGAGACACUUGAAGACAAUCCAAGCGUUCCGGACGUGAAGCCCAUUGUCGCCGAUAAGACACCCAUCGACACCAAACCCGUGGCCACUACUACGGCCACUGCGACCGAAGUACCGGUUAAACCGAAACCCAAACCUGUUGUCAAACCAUUGAAUAAGAAAUUGAGAGAAAAGCAAAAGAAAGUGAAUUUCGAGAACCGUUUUGACGCCACCUCUGAGAUGAACAACGCCUACAUCCGUGACAUGAGAUUCUUCGACGACUCCCAGAAGCUCUCGAAAGUGAGUUACUGUCAGAGAGAGUCACUACUUCCCGACCACUUGUACAGUGUGGAGGCGCACAAACAGUAG